AUGCAGGCAUUAAUUUUGUGGUCACUAUUAGGAUUACUUGUGACCAAAGUAAGUGCUGCUACUACUACUAUUUCAGCACCUACAACUUUGUCAGGUGAUCAAACAUUUUCUGAUGAUAUCGUAAUUGAGUCAGGUGCUACUCUUGCAUUGGUAUCGGGUUCUUCAUAUUCUUUCAACGGUAAUAUUAAUGUUAAGGGUUCUUUAGAUAUUAUUGGUGAUUCAACAGACGGGUUAAGUAAUCUACAAUUUGGUUCUACUACGACAAUUACAAACAGUGGUAACAUCAACAUCGAAAAUAUUAAGUCAGCAGGUUCCGCUACUGAUUUUGUCAUUGCCCCAGCCCGUAUCGAUAACUCUGGUACAUUUACUGUCUCACAAUUAAGGGCGGCUGCUAGUGUACUAGGUACUAAUUUCACUAUAGCUCCAACUGAAUCAUUUAUCAACACAGGUACUAUCGACUAUGAUACAGCUGAUAAAGGGGGUGCAGGAACUGGGUUCCUUUAUCUUGGUGCUAUAACCAAUAAUGGUAUUAUCAAAUCUGGUGGAUUUCCUGAAUUUAUAAGCCAACAUGAUACAGUUGUUAUUAAUAGAUACAAAAUGAAAGGUAUUAUCUUUAAUAAUCCUCUCGAAGGUGAAGGUAAAGUCGUUGGUAACGAUGGUGCUGUAAUUCUCAUUAACACAGGCACUCUUGGGGACCAAACUUUCAAUAUCAAUAAGGCUCUAUACAUAAUCAAUCCAAGAAUUGUUCCAGAAUCGCUUAGAAUUAUCAAUCCUGUCGGAUCUAUGCUUGUGUUUUUAGGUGUAAACUCCAAUGAAUGGUAUAAUGCUGAUUAUGGUACCUUACCAGGUAGUUCACCUCCUAAUUUUGAAAUAUAUGGUCACCGUUACUGGUUGAAUGCCACUUGUGGGCAUGCUUCAACAUGGACAAGUAAUUGGGCUUCUGUUAUACCAUCAGAUCCACUUUAUCAAAUUGGUGGUACAUACAUUUAUGUAAAUUCCUUUUAUGAGUGGUGCCCUACCUGUCCGUGGAUAUCUGAAACACUUACAAGGACAACCACGAUUACCACUGAGGACUUUAUUACACAGCCUACUACUAUUUCAACUGUAACUACGACUACAACUAAUGAAUACGCUUUUACUGUGACUGAAAUUGUUUAUGAUGUUGCUGUACCUGCGCUAUCUACUACUUAUACCACUACUGUCGGCUCUGUCUCCGUUACAACUACAUCGACUACAUACACUACUACAUUUAUUGACAAUGACGGUUCAUCUUCUACCGAGGUUGUUGUUGUCAUUGUCACUCCACCUCCAUCUACCACCUAUACCACUACUGUCGGUUCUGUGACUACCCCAACUACAUCCACCACCUACACUACUACAUUGACUGACAGUAAUGGUUCCUCAUCCACUGAAGUUGUUGUUGUCAUUGUCACUCCACCUCCAUCUACUACUUACACUACUACUGUCGGUUCUGUGACUACCCCAAGUACAUCCACCACCUACACUACUACAUUAACUGACAGUAAUGGUUCCUCAUCCACUGAAGUUGUUGUUGUCAUUGUCACUCCACCUCCAUCUACUACUUACACUACUACUGUCGGUUCUGUGACUACCCCAAGUACAUCCACCACCUACACUACUACAUUAACUGACAGCAACGGUUCAUCUUCUACCGAGGUUGUUGUUGUCAUUGUCACUCCACCUCCAUCUACCACCUAUACCACUACUGUCGGUUCUGUGACUACCCCAACUACAUCCACCACCUACACUACUACAUUGACUGACAGUAAUGGUUCCUCAUCCACUGAAGUUGUUGUUGUCAUUGUCACUCCACCUCCAUCUACCACCUAUACCACUACUGUCGGUUCUGUGACUACCCCAACUACAUCCACCACCUACACUACUACAUUGACUGACAGUAAUGGUUCCUCAUCCACUGAAGUUGUUGUUGUCAUUGUCACUCCACCUCCAUCUACCACCUAUACCACUACUGUCGGUUCUGUGACUACCCCAAGUACAUCUACUACCUACACUACUACAUUAACUGACAGCAACGGUUCCUCAUCCACUGAAGUUGUUGUUGUCAUUGUCACUCCACCUCCAUCUACCACUUACAGCAGUAGCACAGGUUCUCCAUCUUCUCCAGCUCUAUUCACUACCUACACCACUACUGCUGGAUCUGUCUCCAUUACAACUACAUCCACUACCUACACUACUACAUUGACUGACAGUAAUGGUUCCUCAUCCACUGAAGUUGUUAUUGUCAUUGUCACUCCACCUCCAUCUACUACUUACACUACUACUGUCGGUUCUGUGACUACCCCAAGUACAUCCACCACCUACACUACUACAUUGACUGACAGUAAUGGUUCCUCAUCCACUGAAGUUGUUGUUGUCAUUGUCACUCCACCUCCAUCUACUACUUACACUACUACUGUCGGUUCUGUGACUACCCCAAGUACAUCCACCACCUACACUACUACAUUAACUGACAGCAACGGUUCAUCUUCUACCGAGGUUGUUGUUGUCAUUGUCACUCCACCUCCAUCUACCACUUACAGCAGUAGCACAGGUUCUCCAUCUUCUCCAGCUCUAUUCACUACCUACACCACUACUGCUGGAUCUGUCUCCAUUACAACUACAUCCACUACCUACACUACUACAUUGACUGACAGUAAUGGUUCCUCAUCCACUGAAGUUGUUAUUGUCAUUGUCACUCCACCUCCAUCUACUACUUACACUACUACUGUCGGUUCUGUGACUACCCCAAGUACAUCCACCACCUACACUACUACAUUAACUGACAGCAACGGUUCCUCAUCCACUGAAGUUGUUGUUGUCAUUGUCACUCCACCUCCAUCUACCACUUACAGCAGUAGCACAGGUUCUCCAUCUUCUCCAGCUCUAUUCACUACCUACACCACUACUGCUGGAUCUGUCUCCAUUACAACUACAUCCACCACCUACACUACUACAUUAACUGACAGCAACGGUUCAUCUUCUACCGAGGUUGUUAUUGUCAUUGUCACUCCACCUCCAUUCAAUAGUUUCAUGACAUCGUCAAUGUCAGUGUCAUCUCCUAUUUACAGAAACUCCAGUAUUCCUGUUGAAAAAACUGCAACUACUUUAAGUGGUACCUUAGUAGUAUUAACUACAGUGGUUCAUGGAGUUACAAUAACUACAACUUAUUGUCCAGAGCCAUCUGCAACUUCUGAAAUAAGUUUAACUGCUACUAUUGGACAUAGUUCCAUCAAAACUGUUUAUACUAAUUCAAAGAACGAACAAGAAGAGACCAACUCAUUUACUACUGCUACAAAUGUAACUCCAGUUACUUCUAUUGCUUCUACCACCACUGGUCCAGCAUUUACCAACAAUGAAAAUCAACUAACAUCUAGAAACUCCAGAGAAUCUACCACUGUUGUUGUUGGAUCUACAAGGGGUAACAUAGACGUUACUUCGGAAACUAGUACUGUUGAAUCCAGAAGACCAGAAACAUCGCUAACCACAAUGAUACCACAAGUCUCUCAAUAUGUUUCUGAGCAAUUCUCCUCAUCACCAACUGCUAUUAUGGUACCUCAUGAAGGUGUACCUUCUCUUGUGUCAUAUGAAGGUAUUGGUAGUAUCAUAUACAUGAGGUGGGGUCUUACCCAUUUCAUUGGUUUAUUAUUAUUUAUGGUAAUUUAA